AUGGACAACCUGCCGGCCGCUUCCCGCCCUCAGCUGCAGCUCCAACUGACCGAAGAGGUCAGAUCACUGAUCGAUAGGUUCGUCGACUUGGAGGCUGAGGGGGUACACCAAGGUCACAACUGGCUUUUGCACCUAGCAGACAGGGCCACCUCAUUGGAAGAGGUUACACAGAAGCUUUCUAUCAGGCUGCGGGCCUUGGUAUGGCUGCUUCUGGCUCGGGCAGUGGUGAUGCACCAGCUUUGCCUUCUAGCAGGGUUUCCGAUUCAGAUGCAGAGGAAGCCUUUGAACCCAGGAGCAAGCUUCGACGCCGCUGGCUUCACCAAGCUCACUGUGCCCCGGCUAUUCGACCUUUCAGUUUUUGCCGCUGCGAUCAACCCCUCCUCGACCCAGCUUGUCAGCUACAUCGAGGGCACCCACUUGGCCCCCAGCAUCGUACCUGUUCAGCAGUCCACACCGCAAAACUUCCCGGCGGCGAAGGCACUGCCGCACUUUCAGGACGCGUCGGCUUAUGCAGCAUAUCCCACGCUUCAGCAGACUCCUGUUCAGGUAUCAAUCUCUUUGGCGACUCCGAGACCGGUCCAGUCCUCGCCGGCAGCUUUGCGAGUGCCCUUGGAACUGCACCCCCCGGCUUUGCGAGCCCCGCCAGCCGGCAUGAUGACGAGCAAGGAAAAUCAUCAGGCAUGCGAUGAGCGGAACAAGGCUCUGUUCGACCAGCUUUGCAAAUCGCAUGGGGCCUACAGCUCGGUGCUCCAGCAGCUUGAAAGUAGCCGCGAGGGUGCAGUGAUCCGGUCCCGCUUGCUGAACAAGGUUAGCGACACCACAGCCGCCCGCUACCUUCGCUCUGUUCAGCUUUUCUUUUGUGCCUUUGAGGAGCUGGGCGGCAGCAUGGAGGCCAUAGAUCAGGGCCUGUUCCUCGAUGCUUUCUUCGCUUUGUCUCGAGGUUCUGAUUCAGGCCCCCUUUCAAAUAGCAUCAACGUCCUCAAGGCGCUGCGGUGGUAUAAGAAACUUCUGGCAAUCGCUUGUAUUCCCGACCUGUAUGGCACCGCUUUCAGCUUGCUCUCCAACCCGGCCGGGCAGGAGAAACGCGAGAGUAUACCUCUCCCUUUGUCGUUCGUCGCUUUUCUUGAACGCAUGCUCCUGUGUGGCAAGGCAAGCUUGAUGGACAUGAUCUGGGCAGGAUCUUUCCUUGUGGCUAUUGGUGCUAGCCUCCGCUUUGCAGAUGCACAACACAUUCGCUGGAGCACGCUUUGCGUUAGCAGCUUCACUUUGCGAGGAAUCUGCUACAGGACAAAGACCACUAAAGGGGGAUGCCCAUGGGGCCUCCUCAGCUUUGGAGUCUUCUCGUCCUCCGAGGAAUGGGGCAUGACAUGGCUUCCCCACUGGCUUGGGGCACUGGACACAGUAUGGCGCGAGGUUCGCUCCCGCUUUGGGCCACAGCCGGAACCCGACUGUCUGUUUUUCCUUUGGAGCGAUACCGGCUUUGCACCCGCAUCCUACUCCCAAGCCCUGCAGAAGCUUCGCUACAUGCUUACACUCUCUGGUAUAGCACCGGCUCAGGCAGCGCAAUAUACGCUUCACAGCCUCAAGACCACCUUUCUGUCUUGGAUGAGUCAGCUGUCUAUACCGCUCUCUUCCCGCUUCCUGCAGGGGCACCACAAGGCUCCAGGGUCAGCUCAACUUUACUCGCGGGACGACGUGUGGCCAGCUUUGCGUGCACAGUGGCUGCUUUGGCGUUCAAUACAUGCCGGCUUUCGUCCAGCGAGACCACAGCACAGAGGCGGCCAGUCCCCGCUUGUUGAGCCACUUGUGGACACUGCAGGUUUCCAGUGGGCGGAGCACUGCCCGGACCUCCACUGCUUUUCAGUUGGCAACGAUUGUCAGUCCUUCUUAGCCCUGGAGCAGCAGGAUGGCGACCUCCGUGACGCCCGGGAACGCGUCUCUUCACUUUCCGGAGCCAAGCUUCCACCAUGUGUUCGCGCCCGUGCCCAGGUCGACCACUUCGAGGACUCCGACGCGGACGAAUCAGGCCCGGCUCGUGCCGCUUCCAGCGCUCCCCGCGAUCCGGAGGUCGAUCCCACAUGGCAAGAUGAGUCCGGUGAGGCACCCAGCCUUUCACCCAACCCGCAGCCGCUUGCUGCCCCGCCCGCUGAGGGUCUCCGGUCUAGCUGUACAGAGAUGCGCUUUAAGCCCACUUUCUUGCCUCCUUGGGUCAUGGCGAAACUUUCCCCUGAGUACGCCUUCACACUCCUCAAGACCAUGACUGACGAGGAGAAAACCCGCUUCCUCAAGCAGCUGGAGAACGAUCCGCUUCUCCCCGCAUCCACUACGAGCUCAUCUUCGGUGGAGGCACCCGCUGUGCAACCAGUCGCAGCACUUAUGGCAGACCCCAUAGGGGAAAACAUCGCCGCCGAGGAUUACAGCUUACCUUCAGUGGAGCCAGCUGCUUCACCGUCACCUCCGGCCAAAGCGGCACCCGCUUCUGUUACAGCGGACAAGCCCGAGGCCACCAACGACGACGGUGCACCCGCUUCCAGGACCCCUGCAGAUGGCGACGGGGGCAACACCGCCACUGGUGGCGGAGGCGAUGGUGUUGCCAACGCAAAACGUUGGCAACGGGAACCCGAGGUGAAAGAACCGCCGCCACGGCCGCCCUCUUCACCAAAGGCGAAUCCUUCAACACCGGCUCCGACUGGCCCUCCGCUUAAGGCCAAGAGUGUGGCAUCACCUCCGAAGCCCGCUUCGGCUUCAGGUGCACCGGCCGCACCGACUCCCAGCGCCCCUCCUGCGGCCAAGGAGAAAGCUCCUCCACCUCCGCUUGCAGAAACUGGGGCCACCGACGGCAAUGCGGGCACUGCAAGAGAGGCAACGCCCGCUACCUUCAGCGACCGCUCCAACAGCUACCACACCACCCACUUAUGCAGAGACUGUAAGCGGGCUCGUGGUAGAGAGCGUCAAGAAGCCGCUUCUCAAUGGAGCCAGGGCUAUGAAGAGUGGGGCCAGAACCAGUCCGGCUGGGACGAUCAACCCGCUUGGGGAUCCUGGAAUUGGAGUGGCCGCAACAGGCAGCACCAAUGA